AGUUCUCUACUCCCUGAUUGGCCAGCGAAAGACUGACCCGGAAAUGGCAUGUGGUCAUGCUGGUUUGAAGCUUAGCAAUACAUAGCGCUGAUGAUAGCUGCUGCAGCCGGCAGGAGUAUCGUCUUUGUAACCGGGAACGCUAAAAAGCUGGAAGAGGUUGUUCAGAUUCUCGGAGACAAAUUUCCAUGCAAAUUAGUAGCCAAGAAAAUUGACUUGCCAGAGUAUCAGGGAGAACCAGAUGAGAUUUCCAUUCAGAAAUGCAGAGAGGCAGCAAAACAGAUUCAAGGCCCAGUUAUUGUAGAGGACACUUGCUUGUGCUUUAAUGCUUUGGGAGGUCUUCCUGGACCCUAUAUAAAAUGGUUUCUUGAGAAGAUCCAGCCAGAAGGAUUGCAUCAGAUGCUACAAGGAUUUGAGGACAAGUCAGCCAUUGCUCUGUGCACGUUUGCUUAUUGCAAUGGAAAUCCUGAUGAUACAGUUCUUCUUUUCAGAGGCAAAACUAUGGGGCAAAUUGUAUUUCCAAGAGGCCCAAGGGACUUUGGAUGGGAUCCUUGUUUCCAGCCUGAUGGGUUUCAACAAACUUAUGCUGAGCUCCCUAAGGAAGUGAAGAAUACAAUCUCUCACCGGUAUCGUGCUUUAAAAGAAAUGUCUGAGUACUUUAUCCAGAAUGGCACCAAGGUUUGAUGUUUAAAUAUCUAAGGUUCUCUAUGGAGCAUUCCUGAGUUUCUAACAAUGUUACACAGAAACUUGGAUGUGUGUUGUACCCCACCUCCCAAAGAAAGACAACAUUGAAGUGCAUCAUCACUGUCUGUAAAUGUAGAUGCUAAUGUAUAGCUUAAUAAAUUAAUAUUUUUACAUAAA